GUUCUUUUCUCGUAACUCGUUCUGCAAUAACACUGUGCAUGCAUGUUUUAAAGCUCAAAUUCGCAUUCUUCUGCUGUUAAUAAAUAACAAGUUUUGGAUACUUUUAGCAGCAAAUAUGACCCGAGAAGAAGAAAGAAUUCAAAGAUCUUUUAGGAAGGAAAAACCAGCACAUUAUACAGUUAAGAUUAAAUCAUUCUCCUCAGUUUUAAAUUCUUCGUUCGAAAAAUAUGUGUGUGGCGAUUUUGAAGCUGGAGGUUACAAAUGGAGACUAACUAUUUAUCCAAAAGGAAAUGUGGAAAGAAAUGGGAAAGAUCAUCUCUCUCUCUAUUUGGCAAUGUCUGAGGCAGAUUCUCUGCCUGCUGGUUGGGAACUUUAUGUGAUACUCAGAUUAUUUAUCUAUGAGCAAUUUCUAGAUAAAUUCUUGAUGGUGCAAGAUUCCCAUGGCAAGACAAGGCGCUUUCAUUCCAUGAAGACAGAAUGGGGUCUCCCCCAAUUUAUGUCCCUUAAUACUUUCAAAGACCCUUCUCGUGGAUACCUAGUUGAGGACACUUGCUACUUUGGGGCUGAGAUCUUCAUUUGUGGGAAGAAUAAUUGUGCAGAAGGAAAAGCAAAAGCUGGGGAAUGUUUGGCAACGGUCAAUGAACCCUUGAAAUAUAUCCAUACCUGGAAGAUCAUGAAGUUCUCCGGGCUGGUUGAUAAAAAAUAUUUCUCUCAAGUUUUUACUGCUGGAGGUUAUCAAUGGAAAAUAUUAGUCUUCCCAAAUGGUUUUGGAUCGGAAGAAAACAGAAGCCUUUCUUUGUACUUGAUAAUGGCUGACAAAGAAACCCUUCAGCAACAGACGGUGCAAAUUGAAUUUGUCUUACGUGUUAGGGACCAAGUCAGUGGCAAACACUCUGAAAAGAAAGCUAUUCAUGGAUUUAAUUCUUGGGGCCAUGUACACGGAUGGAUAAGCUUCAUGCCACUCAGUGAUCUCAACGACCUAUCAAAUGACUUCCUGGUGGACGACGUUUGCAUCAUUGAAGCACAACUCACUUUACCCGCAGUGGUUACUAAUUCAUCUCAAAAUUAGAUUAGGACUUCUUCACUCAUCUUGAUUAUUUUCUCCUAUCCUUUGCGUGACAAGUCUCCUGUUGUAAAUAUAUUUAAUAACAAUAAUGCUGGUUUGACAGUACAGUU